GCUGAGUACGAGGUGAACCACACACACAGACGCGGCUGUAAACAAUAUGGCGGCGGCAGCGAGCGAUGUAAAUGAGGUGUUCUCUAGGUUAUUUGAUCACCGGCCAUUUCUCAAGGGGGAAAUUGAGUUUUUUAAAAAGGAAUUUGAGGAGAAGCGAGGUGACCGAGAAGUGGAGCAUCUGUUUCGCUCCUUGGAACUCAUCACUGAAAUCAAGGAAGGCCAGAUUGAGAAGAUAGUUGGCUCUUCAGACGACAAUCUUCCACGGACAAUAGCGGACAUUCAGGUUGCUCUCCACAUGUGUGAAGACACCCUUGACACAGAGACAAAAUUCAUCUCUGAAGAGCUGCUUGUUAAGAAGAGGGGUGAACGAACUGCAAGACUUGCCAAUGUUCAACAGGAUGUGCAGGAGAAACUGAAGGUGCUUGAGGAAACUUACCAAGAGAAGGAGAAGGCUAUGAGGGCUCGGUUUCAGCAGCUAGAGAGUCGUGCUGGAUGUGUUUAAGACCUGACCUGUGUGCUAUUUAUUUUUAGCUUAGUUUCAGUUUCACAACUUUUUUUUAACACUUUACAAAACAUGCCUGCCAUGGAUGACCAUAUUUCUGUUAUCCCAUCGCCAAGAUUUAAGGAAAUUUUGUUUGAGUUUAAAGAAGGUGAAGACACUCCCAAGAGCAUUAGGGAAAAAUUAGUGGCUGAAGAAGACACUGACAAGGAGAUAAAGUUAACCACUGAAGAAGUGGAAUGGUGCCACACCAAAAUCAGAGAAAGUAACAAGCCAGAGAGGAUCCACAAGCUCCUCUCGGAGAGUCAGAUCAUCUUGCCUAAAUAUGAACCUCCGCCCCGUAGCCCAGAACUGGAGGCUCGUGUCCAGAGGCUCCGCUUUGAGCAGGAGAACCGGGAAUACAAAAAUAUGACUAGAUCAGUAGAUGCCACAUAUCAAAGGGAAAAUUUAGGUCUUGGGGAAAUUGGAAAAGACAUCAGAACUGUUAAUCAGCACAUUAUUUCUGGGAUGCAGUAUCUUCUGUCUGUUGUUGGCACAUUUUUUGCCAUUUUUAUAGGAGUGGGCAUGGCCACUCCAGACUAUGGUGUGAGAGCUUUGGUGGCUACUAUAGCAGCGGUCAUUGUGGGCUUGGCUGAGCUGUUCUUCAUCAUCAGAGAGGAUGCUAAAAAGGAAAGCAAGAUUAAAAAGGAAUAGCAAGCUCUAGUUUUGCCAACAGCAUUACAAUUCAUAAUUUGUGAAUCAUGAGAGUUAAACAGUCACCUGUACAUAGGUUAAAACAGAAAUGAUUAUGGACAAUCAGCCACAAAGUACACACAUGUAUUUCUUCAGUCCUUUCUGGUCCCUCCAUACCAUGUCAAGGCCAAGGCAGUGUCUCUUCCCAUGGUGGUACUUCAAUAAGUAUUAAGGUAGCAUUUGGUCUACCAUAAGAAACAGUAUUGACUUUAUUGUACACAACUUGUAUUACAAUGAAGGAAGAUCAUGUAUAAAUUAAGUGUCUGGUCUCAUAUGAAUGUGUCCUGACACACACACACAAACACACAGAUGGUGAGUUGCAGUGAUCAGUGUCAUAAGAUAAGCAGUGGUCUCUGUCGGCAAUUAAAUUACAUUGAGAGGGGAGUCUCUCUCUCUCUCUCUCCCCUUAUGUCACUCUAUCUCCAUUUCUCUUACUACCUGAAGAAUGUGCCCAUCCUCAGAGAGAGAGAGAGAGAGAGAGAGAGAGAGAAUAAAUCAGCUCCUCUCCCAUUUCACUGUAUAACAACUACAUACAAAAUACACAGCGCUGUGCUGCUGUCUGUGAUUGUAAGUGCAAGGUGAAUGGUGUUUACACAAGAUAGUCCUGUAAAAUAAGUCUACACCACUAACCAACCUGCACAUCAAUAAAGGAAAAUGUGGAGGACCUGCCUAGUCACCUUGCUCCAGCCACUCACUGAGCUGUGGGAUUCUUGGCAUGGACUUCAUCAGUUUGAGAGGAGGACUUCAUCAGUGAGAGGAGCUGUAUACCAUCACAACUAAUGAUUCUGCUCUAGGUAAGAAAUAAUUCAUAUAAUUUUCAAAUCAGUGAUUCCUGCCAAGCCAUUCAGACUACAUGUUUUCUUGAACAAUCACUGUUUAAAGGUAUCAAUAUCCUAUAACGAGUGCAUCAGAGAAAGAGUUGCAGAAUGCUGGUACUUUAUAUACAGACUCCCAAGUAAUGGUAAGCAUGACCAUGAGUGUACUAGAAAGUACAGGCACACUGAAGCCUCCCUGUGUGGAGCAUCAACUGAGGGUUCCAACAUUUUGUGUGAUAUCACUCCUGACUGUAAAUAUAAUUUACUAGAACAUUUAUGUGUGAUAUAACCUCUGGGUGUAAAUAUUUUAAUUUAUUGUCAUACAGGCUGUGUUUGAUAUAGUACUUCUGAUAAGUCAUUCAUUUAUUGCAUUUCUUAUUCUGUGCAUCAUAGUUAAGAGCUGUCAGAAAUAUAUUCCCUAUAUAAAAAGUCUCCCCUCAGCAA